UCAAACGAGCCGAAUUUCAAGAUAUUUUGUAACAGCUGUCCACGGUCGUUUACAAAGAUAAACAGUCUCCAAAAACAUUAUUACAGACAGCAUAAGGCUUUAACAGUGGAAGAAGACUUAAAUGAUGGGGAAAAUGAGAACCAUUUUCAGGAGAUGUUUGACGAGGGAGAAGCACGAAGUCUAAUGCAACGCCAUGCUGCCAAAUUCCUUUUAUGUUCCAAAACAAGAGGUAUGCUCACCCAGAGUGCCGUGGACUUGGUCAAAGAUUCAGCGAAAAAUCUACUAACUGAGUAUUUGGACAUAGUCAAAAAAUCGCUUGUCGAAAAGAUAAACAGUAAUCCUGGUCAAGAAUUGCAAUUUGACCAAGAUGUGGAAAAGUUAUUUUCAGCAGAGAGUGUCUUCGACGGAGUUGAUUCAGAAUACCAACAAAGAUCAUAUUUUAAGCGUCAUUUCAAUUUGGUGGAACCAAUAGAAGUUGAGAUGGGAAAACAGUGGAGAAGUGAUUUUCGACAAGGGAGAAAAAUACUUAAACGUGUCACAGUUUUUGGUUAUCAAGUUCCAUUAUUAAAGACUUUGGAGGCACUUCUUCAAAACCCAGAUGUUUUAAAGGAAGUUGAAAAUCCACAUUUUUCAUGUGAUGGUGUUCUUCGAGAUGUAAUGGAUGGGGAUUUUUUCAAGAGUCAUCCAGUAUUCUCCCUCCACAGUGAUGCCCUGCAGCUGUUGGGCUAUUAUGAUGAUCUAGAAAUAGCCAAUCCUUUAGGUUCAAAAGCAAAGAUUCAUAAAAUUGGUGUCUUUUACUUUGUGCUGGGCAAUAUAAGGCCAAUGUUUAGAUCAAGCAUCCGCAGUAUACAACUUAUAGCUAUUGCUAAAACAAAAGACAUCAAGUCAUUUGGGAUCGAUAAUCUUUUGAUGCCAUUCAUUGAGGAUGUCAAUUGUUUGGCGAAGGCUAAUGGUCACUGUUUUACCAUAAAUGGUGUUGCCCGUGUGUGUUUCGAGGUGAUCUGUUAUUGUGGACUGGAGAUACACUUGGUAGCAACUAUGUCAGUGGUUUCAAGGAAGGUGUUGGAGGAGCAUUGCGAAUUUGUAGGCAUUGUAUGGGAACAAGACUGGAGACCAACAAUAAGUUUUUAUCUGAAGACUUUUCAGAAAGAGAUUUGGAUAAUCACAGACAAAUAUGUGCAUGUAUUGAAGAUGAAGAUAAUGCAUUAAACAUCCGUGAACAACUUUCCACAACCUAUGGGGUAAACAGAUUAAGUGUGUUGGAUAAGGUGCAACAUUUUGAUGUUUGCAUU